AUGGCGCAAUGUUCCGGUAGCGAUGGCGAUAGUGAUGAUGCUAUGCAGUACAGUAAGUUACUACGCCAGCAGAAGAAAAUCUGUGAUGAGGCCAUGCAGCUGGUCAAUGCUGGUGUGGCCAUGCAGAAUGCAUCGCCGCCCGACACGGCGGGCGCUGAUGCCAAGCUCUCGCGUGCUGUGACGCUUAUGGAGCAGGCGCUUGCCACCAAGUACCCCACGCAGGAGGAGCGUGACGCCAGUCAGCGCCUGAAUAACAAGAUGAAUCGUUACGUGAAGAUGAUCCGGAGCCAGCGCGAGAAGGGCACAACCGGCGGUGCCACGGGUCGUGGACACAAUACCAAGUUUAAUAUUCUGCCUAUGGAUGGUUUACCGCCCACUUACAAUGUAGUGGUCGAUCUGUUUACAAACUCGUCAGCGGUUGGAGAUGUUUUUGAGAGUCUGAAGGGUGCAUUUGGUUUCCAAGAGUCUAAUGUGGCUAACCAGAAGGAGCACGUACUACUCAUGUUGACAAACUUUAAGCUCCAAGAAGAAGAGCCGAACCAAAAUAGUGAAGAUCCCCGCCAAUUAGACCGACAGCAAGAAAUGGACAUGGCUAAUAAAGGCAUUAAGCGCUUCCACGCACGUAUCUUUGCCAACUACAUCAAAUGGUGCAAGUACGUGUCUACAAAGCCUGCAUUCACGAGCGACCCUGUUGUGGACAUUGUGCUGUUCUUCCUCAUUUGGGGAGAAGCUGGUAACUUCAGACAGAUGCCUGAGUGCCUCUGUUUCCUGCUGCACACAUCAUUGCCCCAGGCUUCGUCUCGUGGCGGUAACAAAAACCCUGGCGACUUCCUUGUCGAGGUCAUCCGCCCUAUGUACAACGAGAUAAAGAAGGAUAACGACAAGAAAACGUCGCAGGGUGCACGGGCUCCUCACGCGGAGAUACGAAACUACGACGACUUUAACGAGUUUUUUUGGAGCAAGAAAUGUCUGAAGUACAACCCGACGACCAUCCACGAGGCAUUCGGCGAAGUCGACAAGAAGGGUCGUCCGAAGGUCAUUAAAAAGAGCUUUGUGGAAAAGCGUACGUGGAUACGCGCGAUAAUGUCUUUUCGUCGUAUUUUUUGCUUCAACUGCGCGCUCUUCUUGGCUUGCUGCGGAUUUGCGCUUAAUGUGGUCAUGUAUUGUCCUGAUACACCUAUCCUGUACGGCGCUGAUCUGAGCAACGGAAAUUCUCGAGGCUUCACAGUCUUUGGUAAGAACUUUACAGCGUCUGAUGUCACUGCUUAUGGAUCAGGUGACGGUGCAGAAGACAAAGCCGGCUCGGGAGCAAGCUGUAACCAACAAAUGCUGGCAACUUGUCUUGGCAUGACAUACACUUCAGGCGUCUUUGAUAAAGUUCCAAUUGAUUUCAAAGCCUUGCUCCAGGUUGUGCCCUUCACGGACUGUAUAGAAAAAAGCACAGGUCGCUGCGGUUGCUAUCUGGAACUUGUCGACAAUUGUUUUUCGGAACAUGGGCAAACAACGAAAGUCACCGAAGACGAGCUGGCGUUUUCUUCAUCGGGCGAAUACGAUCAGAGUACGUGUGUUAUGAGCUGGCGCGCUGGAGUGGAGUCCAUAAUCAAAGAGUCUGGCCCGGGUAAGCUUAAUUGUGAAAUCUGUCAGCUGGGCAUCAAGGCGCUGAUUACGAACGGCAAGAUUGGCGAGUUGAUUGGUGGACUAUUGAAGUUUGGUGAUGGUACGCCUUUAGAGUCGGGUGACAUAAGCAACACGGCUCGUACGGACAUGGGUGGUCUCGCUAUGGUUGGUGGAGGCGCAUUCUUGGCUCUUGUGGUCGUGUGCGAGUUUUUCAACAAGAUCUUCUCACGGGUCAGUUCGGGUUACGUCGGACGCUCUAUGCCGGUGCCAAUGCGAGCAUACUGCCGGUAUACUUGCUUUUGGAUUUUACUGUUUAUGUGCAAGCUCACGUUUGACUACCAAUACAUGAUCAAGGCCUUGGUGGAAACGACGUUGUUCAUUUGGUAUGCAAACGAAGAUGAGUACCUACCGUACUCUAGUUUCAUUCUCCAGAUGACGUUUCACAACAUUAUUUAUAUACUGUUCUUGUGGAUCCCGUCCUUUUUCGUCUUCAUGUAUGACGCGCAAAUCUUUUACUCGGUUUUGUCGGUAAUCUUUGGCUCAUUCGCGGGUUUUAACCUUCGAAUUGGUGAGUUGCGCUCGUUCCGCGUACUUCGGCUCUCGUUCAAGUCCAUUCCCCGCAUGUUUAAUAAGAAAAUUGUCCCGAACAUCCAGGAUAGUGCGACUGAUGGCAAGAAGAAGAAGAAAAAGAAGAAAAAAGGUGAGAAAGAGGAGUCCACCAUGCCUGUACGGCACUUCGAGCGUGUAUCAAUGGCGGAUGGAAUCAAGCCUCUUACUGUGAAGGCUCAGAUGUACUCGAAUCUUCUGGAACAAAGCGGCCAUCAGUACAAUGAGGUAAAAACGCCUCAUGACAAGGAUGACGCGAGUUCGACUGGUCGGCAGUCUCAGUUGGGGUCUGUUACGGGAGUCUCCGGAGCUGACUUUGAGCGCACGAUUCCGUUUGCAAUGGCUUGGAACCGUUGUCUAGGCAGUCUCCGUGAGGCUGAUAUCAUUAGUGAUCGAGAACUCAAUGUUCUGAGCUACUUGAUUGACUCGAAGGACGCGGAAGACCGAAAGCUGUACCCGCCGGCCUUUUUGACUGCAGGCAAACUGGAUGAAUCCAUUGACAUCAUUGCGGAUUGUUCAGCGGUGUACGAAAAGCUGAGUUCUGACAAGAAGAAGAAAGAGAAAACACUUCAGAAGAUUGAGAACACGAUGCGGGAGCGUCUGACAAAGGACGACUUGCGUGUAGAGUCCCUUCUUGGAUCGUACAAGUUUACUUCACAAGCUGUUCGCUUUUUGCUUGGAGACGAGCACCGAGACUUGAACGAAUGUUUUGAGUUUAUGGAAGAAAUGGCUGCGCAACAAUCAGUGCUCAAGGGACUUAAUUUAAAGAGUCUUCACGAGUGUCGUGCAGUCUGUGCUGAGUUAAUGAAGGCGCUGUUAGAAGUACCCAAGACGACGACAGACAACAGCAUUAAGUUUCAGCGUGCGCUUUACCGCGUAAUUGACUGCGUGGAAAGUGUGCUGAGCUGCCUGAAGAAGAUUCUGGUAAAGCAGGAAAACCUGGUGCAGAUUCUGACAAAUACUCCGUUGAAGCAGAGUUCGUUCUUCUUUCCGGGCGAUGCGCAGCAGUAUGCGAACGUGCAGCUGCAACGCCUGGUAAGCUCUGAGGCAGCAUUAGAUAUCGUGUCUCGAGCGUACCAGUUGUUGACGGUGGAUAAUUUCGAUGCGGAGCCACGCUCCGAAGAAGGACGCCGUCGCUUGCGCUUUUUUGCCAACUCGCUCUUUAUGGAUAUGCCAGACGCCAAACCUAUUCGCAAGAUUCGUUCGCUGACAGUAUCGACGCCAUACUACAACGAAAUCGUCAUGUACUCGAUCAAGGACUUGACAGCCCAAAACGACGACAGCAUCAAACUGCUCUACUACCUGAAAACAAUCUAUCCGUUCGAGUGGGAGAAUUUGCUCGAGCGUCUCCAGGCGAAGGACAUGGAGGAGGCUUUGAAGAAAUUUCCCGUAGAAGUCCAAUUUUGGGCUAGCUACCGUGGCCAGACACUGGCUCGUACGGUGCGCGGAAUGAUGUACAAUGAGGAUGCGAUUCGCUUCCUGCACUGGUUGGAAAUCUGUGAGAACGAGGUCAUGCACCAGUUUGGAUGCCCGUGCAACAAAUGCAAGCGCCUGGACGAUAUGGUAGCACUGAAAUUCAAUUACCUGUGCACGUGUCAAAUUUACGGAAAGCAAAAGGAUGAACAACGGCAACAGGCCAGUGAUCUUGAGUAUCUGCUCCGCAAGCACCCAACUCUACGCGUUGCUUAUGUGGACGGUCCUAAGAAGGUGAAGGAUGGCCCGCCUAAGUAUUUUUCUGUUCUCGUGCGCGCCGACCGUGAUAAUAUUGCUGAAGUCUAUCGUGUAGAGCUGCCGGGAAACCCGAUUAUUGGUGAGGGUAAGCCCGAAAACCAGAACCACGCCAUUAUUUUCUCGCGUGGUGAGCUACUACAGUGUAUUGAUAUGAACCAAGAUGGCUACCUCGAGGAAGCACUGAAGAUGCCGAACUUGCUGUCUACAAAGGACUCGGAGACUGCAAAGUGUCCUCUGACGAUCAUUGGUUUCCGAGAGCAUGUGUUCACGGGCGGUGUGUCGAAUCUUGCCAGCUUCAUGUCAAUCCAGGAACUGUCGUUCGUGUCGCUCGGUCAGCGAAUGCUUGCAUUGAACCACGUGCGUCAGCAUUAUGGUCACCCUGAUAUCUUUGACAAGCUGUUUGCGAUGGGCUGUGGAGGUACUGCUAAGGCUUCCAAGGGCGUAAACCUUUCUGAAGAUAUUUUUGCUGGUUUCAACACUACACUUCGUGGCGGCCGCGUCUCACACGAAGAGUUUAUCCAAGUAGGCAAGGGUCGUGAUGUUGGUAUGCAACAGCUAGCUCUUUUCGAGGCCAAACUGUCUUCCGGUGCCGGCGAGUGUGUGAUUUCUCGUGACGCGAUGCGUAUGGCAUCGCGUCUGGACUUCUUCCGUCUGCAUUCUUGGUUUUAUGGAAAUCUGGGCUGGUACUUUACACAAACGAUGACGGUCGUGGGUGUCUUUUUCUUCAUCUAUGGCAAGGUGUACAUGGCGUUGAGUGGGAUGGACAGUUUCUUUUUGGAAAAGGGUGGACUAGGCAUCGGUGGCACUUUGAAUACGUCAUGGGCGUUCCAGUUUGGUUUCCUGUUGGUGGUACCGGUUGUUGCAGUGGUUGGUGUGGAGCAGGGUUUUCGACAUGGUGUCACGUACCUGUUGUGGAACAUCAUGACCCUUGGUCCGCUGUUCUUUACAUUCCAGAUGGGCACGCGUAUGCACUACUUUGACCGCACCCUUGUGCAUGGUGGUGCCAAGUACCGUGCUACGGGUCGUGGUUUCACGAUCAAGCACGAGAAAUUUGCGGAGCUUUAUCGUUUUUACGCGUUUAGCCACUUCUACCGCGCGGUGGAGCUUGUAUUUUUGUUGAUUCUGUUCCGUGUGUACGGCACGUUCUCCUGGUGCAAUUGCUCAUGGACAAAGGACGCGUUGUUUUACAACUACUACAAGCCUUCCGAUAACGACUGGAAUACGCGUUGCUACGCUUUCUACUACCAAACAUGCGUACAGCCGACGAAUCAGAACUAUGGGAUGAUGUCGUAUUCCUUGUGGAUUAUUGCAGGGACGUGGUUGUGGGCGCCGUUCUUUUUCAAUCCGAGUGGUUUCGAUUGGGACAAAUUGAUUGAAGACUACAACGACUGGCAAAACUGGCUGAAGACGACGAAUGACUCUGCAGGAAGUUGGUCGGGCUGGUGGUCCAAUGAGCAGGAGUACCUUGAGCACUCGACAAGAGGCGCACGCAUCGUGUCAAUGAUUCGCAAGAUGCGUUUUUUCUUCAUUGCUUAUGGCAUGUACUUGCAAUUGGUGUACAAGACGUACUAUGAGGAUCGAGAUCUCUUGAUUGAGAAGGGGUCAAUGAUUUCCUACGCACUUGCCGGUCUCAUGUUUAUCAUCGUAUUGCUGCUACUAUGUUGCGGUUACAUUGCAAGUCGUGUGAAGAAGAAACUGACCUUUAAGCAGAGGAAACUGCGCAAGAUGAAGUUCAUUUUAUCUUGCUGUGGCCUCCUCGUGGCUUGUGUGAGUCUGCUGGUCAUCUCCGUUUCUAACUUGAUAGAGGUCACGAUCAUUAUCUUGAUCGCUGCGUACUGGUUCCUCCAGCUCUGCAUUUACCGCAACCAGACAAACCAUGUGGUGGUACGUGGGAUGGCGCGUUCGUACGACCGAUGGGUAGGCUGGAUCAUUUUAGGUCCAGUGCUCUUUAUUGCCAUGUUCCUACCGUUCCUCUCGUCGUUCCAACAGCGUGUCAUGUUUAACAAUGCGUUCACGUCGGGUUUGGAGGUAUCAAAGCUCUUUGCAAAUGAGGCGGCAUCGUCUACAAGCAAGGUCGUGAAAGUCAAGCGCGUCGCCAAGAAGAAGAAACGAAGUGACUAG